GGUGCCCGAAAGCUCGCGCGACUCACCUCUCCGUCCGGCUGCUCGCUCGCCACACCGGGAGGCUCCGGAGGAAGACAACAGGGGGCGACUCCUCUGGUUGUAUAGAAGUCUAUGCUUCAGCCAUGCACCGCUUCAGGACUACGGUCUCCAGGCUCCGGCCUCUAGCGGCCGCGCAGACCGGCCCGAGCCAAUCGCAGCCCAGGCCGCCGGCGGGCGCCGGGAGCUUCAUGGCGCCGAGGGCCUCGAGGGCCCUGAACUCAUCGCCGGCCGCUCGGCCCUUUCCCAGCGGCGCCAGCUCCAACUACGUCGAGGAGAUGUUCUCCGCCUGGCUGGAGAACCCCGGGAACGUGCACGAGUCCUGGGAUGUAUUUUUCCGUAACGCCAACGCCGGAGCUCCGCAGGGACCGGCCGGUGUUGGGGCACUGGGGGGCUCCCAGUCCACUGUGGAGGACCACCUCGCGGUGCAGUCCCUCAUACGAGCGUACCAGGUGCGCGGGCAUCACGUGGCCCAGCUGGACCCCCUGGGCAUCAGCUGCGUGGACCUGGACGACGCGCCGUGUGCCGUCGGGUUCCAGAACCUCGGUUUAUACGGGCUGGCGGAGGAAGACCUGGACCAGAUGUUCCGGCUGCCCACCACCACCUUCAUCGGGGGCAGCGAGGGCUCGUUGCCCCUCAGGGAGAUCGUCCGGCGCCUGGAGAUGGCGUACUGCCAGCACAUCGGGGUCGAGUUCAUGUUCAUCAACGACGUGGAUCAGUGCCGGUGGAUCAGACAGAAGUUUGAGACACCGGGAGUCAUGCAGUUCAGCCUGGAGGAGAAGAGGACUCUCCUGGCCAGGAUGAUCCGGUCCACAAGGUUUGAGGAGUUCCUGCAGAGGAAGUGGUCCUCGGAGAAGCGGUUCGGUCUGGAGGGUUGCGAAUCGCUCAUCCCGGCCCUGAAGACCAUCAUCGACGAGUCCAGCCUGAGCGGAGUGGAGAGCGUGAUCAUGGGGAUGCCUCACAGAGGGAGGCUCAACGUUCUGGCCAACGUCAUCCGGAAGGAGCUCGACCAAAUCUUCUGCCAGUUCGACUCCAAACUGGAAGCCGCUGACGAGGGUUCUGGCGACGUGAAGUACCACUUGGGGACGUACAACAAGAGGAUGAACCGGGUCAGCGACCGGGAGGUCACCAUGUCGCUGAUGGCCAACCCGUCCCACCUGGAGGCCGUGGACCCGGUGGUGCAGGGGAAGACCAAAGCGGAGCAGUUCUACUGUGGAGACACCGAGGGCCAGAGGGUGAUGUCCAUUCUGAUCCACGGCGAUGCUGCGUUUGCAGGCCAGGGCAUCGUGUACGAGACGUUCCACCUGUCGGACCUGCCGUCCUACACCACGCACGGCACCGUGCACGUGGUGGUCAACAACCAGAUCGGCUUCACCACGGACCCCAGGAUGGCGCGCUCGUCUCCGUACCCCACGGACGUGGCGCGCGUCGUCAACGCGCCCAUCUUCCACGUCAACGCCGACGACCCGGAGGCCGUGAUGUACGUGUGCAAAGUGGCGGCCGAGUGGAGGACCGCCUUCCACAAGGACGUCGUCGUGGACCUGGUGUCUUACAGACGCAACGGCCACAACGAGAUAGACGAGCCGAUGUUCACGCAGCCACUGAUGUACAAGCGCAUCAGGAAGCAGAGGGGAGUCCUGGAGAAGUUCGCCGAAAAGGUCAUCGGCGAGGGCGUCGUGACAACGCGGGCGUACGAGGAAGAAGUCGCGAGGUACGACAAAAUAUGUGAGGAGGCUUACGCUCGCUCCAAAGAUGAGAAGAUCCUGCACAUCAAACACUGGCUGGACUCGCCGUGGCCCGAUUUCUUCACGGUGGACGGACAGCCUAAGAGUCUGAGCUGCCCGUCCACCGGCAUCAGCGAAGAAGAGCUCGGCCACAUUGGAAGCGUCGCCGCCUCCGUCCCCGUGGAGGACUUCAAGAUCCACGGAGGUCUGAGUCGCGUCCUGAAAGGCCGCGCGAACAUGGUGAGCCAGCGAGUGUGCGACUGGGCUCUGGGGGAAUAUAUGGCCAUCGGCUCUCUGCUCAAAGAGGGGAUCCACGUUCGCCUCAGCGGACAGGAUGUGGAGAGGGGCACGUUCAGCCAUCGACAUCACGUUCUCCACGACCAGAACGUUGACAAGAGGAUCUGCAUCCCGAUGAACUUCAUCUCCCCGGAUCAAGCUCCGUACACCGUCUGCAACAGCUCUCUGUCGGAGUACGGCGUGCUGGGUUUUGAACUGGGCUUCGCCAUGGCCAGUCCCAACGCACUGGUGCUGUGGGAGGCCCAGUUUGGAGACUUCCACAACACGGCCCAGUGCAUCAUCGACCAGUUCAUCAGCUCCGGUCAGUCCAAGUGGGUCCGACAGAACGGCAUCGUGCUGCUGCUUCCUCACGGCCUGGAGGGCAUGGGUCCGGAGCACUCGUCGGCCCGUACCGAACGGUUUCUGCAGAUGUGCAACGACGACCCGGAUGUUUUCCCUACUCUGACGGAGGACUUCGCGGUGCGUCAGCUGUUCGACUGCAACUGGAUCGUCGUCAACUGCUCCACUCCCGCCAACUUCUUCCACGUCCUGCGCCGGCAGAUCCUGCAGCCCUUCAGGAAGCCCCUGAUCGUGUUCACUCCCAAGUCGCUGCUGCGCCACCCGGAGGCCAAGUCCAGCUUUGACGACAUGCUUCCAGCCACACACUUCAGGCGUUUAAUCCCAGACGACGGCGACCCGGAGAAGGUGAAGAGAGUCGUUUUCUGCUCCGGCAAAAUCUACUACGAACUGAUCCGAGAGCGUGAGAACCGAGGCCUGAAGGAGGCCGUGGCGGUGGUCCGCGUGGAACAGCUGUCGCCGUUCCCCUUCGAUCUGGUGAAAGCGGAGACGGAUCGGUACCCGACCGCCGACCUGGUCUGGUGCCAGGAGGAGCACAAGAACCAGGGUUACUAUGACUACGUCAAGCCCCGCAUCCGCACCGCCAUCCAGCGCACGCGCCCCGUCCGGUAUGCGGGUCGUGACCCCGCGGCGGCUCCAGCUACCGGGAACAAACCGACUCACCUCGCCGAGCUGCGGCGUUUACUGGACGCGGCGUUCCACCUGGAGGCGGGACAAGUGGAGUAGGAGACAAGUGGAGGAGACAAGUGGAGGAGACGAGUGGAGUAGGAGACGAGUGGAGUAGGAGACGAGUGGAGUAGUAGACGAGUAGAGUAGGAGACGAGUGGAGUAGUAGACAAGUGGAGUAGGAGACGAGUGGAGGAGACGAGUGGAGUAGGAGACGAGUGGAGUAGGAGACGAGUGGAGUAGGAGACAAGUGGAGUAGGAGACGAGUGGAGUAGUAGACGAGUGGAGUAGGAGACGAGUGGAGUAGGAGACAAGUGGAGUAGGAGA